GAUGCAGGGAUGCAGGACGGGAAAAAGGCAGACACCCAGCUGGGAAACUUUGGAGGCUGGAAAGCUGAACACUCCCUGCAUUGCUUAAUGCAGUGAAUGGAUUUCAUUGUAUUCUUUAUAUUCACUCUACUUUAUCCAGUCGGGGUUUGGAGGAAGCUCCUUGAUUUGGAAUAAAACCCGAUCCAGGCUUCUGAACCAGAUCUCCACAAAAGCCUGAGUGUAUACAGGAAGCUCCUGCAGAAGUGCAAAUUCCUAUCAGUGGAGAGGACAGAUGCUCCCUACACACAACGGGGUAGGUGGUCCAUGGAGCUUCUAUUGAAUUGAAUAGGGAAGACUUGGCACAUAUAGGGGGCUCCGUGUGCACACCUGAACUCCAUGAGCACAAAAGGGAUUACUGGAUCAGGGUUAUCUCCACACCUUUCUUCAACAGGCUUUCUAAGGCCACCAGAGCAACAGAGAUGGCAACCAGCUCUUUUUCCCUUCUACUUUCUUUGAUGCUGGUUCCAGCUUGUGUUCAUGGAGAAGAUUUCACAAGGACUGCAGCUGGCAGCAACAUUAACAAACGCAUCAAGAGAGAGUGGAUCUGGAAUAAAAUGCAUAUUACCGAAGAGUACAAUGGGACACUGCCGUAUCAUGUUGGGAAGAUCACAUCAACCAUCACUAAUCCCAAUGCUAAAUAUGUCCUCGAAGGGGAAGGUGCUGGAACUCUGUUCAAAGUCGAUGACCUUACUGGAGAUGUGUCUGCAAAUGAGAGGCUGGACAGGGAAAAGAAAGCCGAGUACCAACUGAAGGCUCACAUUCUCAACCGUUUUACCAAUAAGUCACUGGAGCAACCGUCCAUGUUUCGCAUCAUAGUCUUUGAUGUUAAUGACAAUGCCCCAAUAUUUGUUCAAAAAGUGUUUAAUGGAUCUGUCUUGGAAAUGUCACCAUUAGGAACAUCAGUCACCAAAGUGACAGCUGUAGAUGCUGAUGAUCCCACAGUUAUUGGCCAUACUCGUGUUUCCUACAGAGUUAUUCAAGGAAGCCAGUACUUCAAAAUAGAUGACUCUGGAACAAUCUACACAGCUGCGCCCGAUUUGGACAGAGAGAAAAAAGCUCUGUAUACAAUUGUGGUAGAAGCAAUGGAUGGCCAAGGUCUGCACUCUGAAGAAUCAGGCACUGCUACUGUCCGCAUUGCAUUGAUCGAUAUCAAUGACAAUUUCCCAACUUUUAGAAAAAAAAACUUCAGUUUUGAAGUCCCUGAAAAUACCAGGGUAGAUGGUGAAGUUGGUAGACUGGAAGUUGAAGACAUUGAUGAGCCGCAGAACAGAAAUACAAAGUACAGUUUUGUUAAAGGACCUUACCAAGACACCUUUAAAAUAGAACCAAAUCCCUUCACGAAUGAAGGAAUAAUCAAACCUAAGAAGCCGCUGGACUUUGAAAAGGUACCUUUCUACAAGUUUGAAGUUGAAGCAACUGAUGCCGACAUUAACUAUGCGUAUUCCAGAAUGAAAGGUUCCAAGAGCAUUGCAAGUGUAACCAUCAAAGUAAUUGAUGUUGACGAACCUCCUGUCUUUUCACAAUCUUCAUAUGCAUUUGAAGUUCAAGAAGAAGGUGACAUUGGAAAGGUUAUUGGAUUUGUUUCUGCACAUGAUCCUGAUAAAGCAAAACGGAAAAUAAGAUACCGUAUCCUGAGAUCUGAUUAUUUCCACAUUUCUGAUACGGGAUCUAUUACUGCCUUGAAGCCCUUGGACAGGGAAGAAAGUGCCUGGCAUAACAUAACUGUGGCAGCUAAUGAACUGGACCAAGGCAGAACUGUGCCAAAAUUGGAAACCCACGUGCCAGUUUACAUUAAAGUUACUGAUAUAAAUGACAAUGCACCAAAAUUUGCUGGUCCUAGUAAUGAAAGAGUAUGUGAAAAUGCUGCACCAGGAAAGACAGUCAUCACAAUUUUUGCUGUGGACGAGGACGAAAUGUCUCCAGGAGUGAAAUUCACCUUUUCCUUGGCCUCUGAAGAGAGCAACUUCACUCUGAUCGACAAUCAAAAUAACUCAGCAACUGUCACUGUCAAAUACGGACAGUUUAAUCGGGAGCUAGUCAAAACCCAUGACUUGCCUAUCAUCAUCUCUGACAACGGCUCACCCCAGCAGAGCAGCACAAACACCCUUUCCAUCCAUAUCUGCAAGUGCAACGAGGCAGGGGACUUCACGUUCUGCGAAGAGCCAGCAAAACAAAUCGGAGUCAGCGUCCAAGCACUGGUAGCCAUCUUGAUCUGCAUCCUCACUAUCACUGUGAUUACGGUGCUAAUACUUCUGAGGAAGAGACACAAGACAGAUCUGAAUGUUCUCAGGAAAAAUGUGGCAGAUAUCCAUGAGCAGCUGAUGGCUUAUGAUGAAGAAGGUGGUGGUGAAAUGGAUACCACCAGCUAUGAUGUGUCAGUCCUGAACUCAGUUCGCCAGAGCAGCAUGAGAUCACCAAGGAUGACCAUGGAGACCAGGCCUUGUGUGUACUCCCAGGUACAAAAGCCCCCUGGACAUGGGCUUUCAGGCACUGGAGAAAUGGGCAUUAUGAUUGAGAUUAAAAAAGACGAAGCUGACAAUGACGGGGAUUUGCUGCCAUAUGACACUCUCCACAUAUAUGGUUAUGAAGGGGCAGAGUCCAUCGCGGAAUCUCUAAGCUCUUUGGGAUCAGGAUCCUCAGACUCAGAUAUCGAUUAUGAUUUUCUGAAUGACUGGGGUCCCAGGUUUAAAAUGCUAGCAGAUCUUUAUGGACUAGAUCCCAAUGAAGAUCUUGUGUAUUGAGUGUAGAGUCAUCAGCAGAUUUUCCCAGCCUUAGCCACAGACCACGUUGCUAACAAACUGUCGGGUCAGAAGGCAGAACCAACCAGCUCUUCAUGAAUUCUCCAUACAUAAACCAACUCUGUAUAGAUAGAUAGAUAGGUAGGUAGGUAGAUAGGUAGAUCUGGAGCAGGUUUAAACAACCAGGAUGAUUGAAACCAAAAAUAAAAUCAGGAUCACAGGAACAAAAAAUAAAAUCCCAUUGCAUCAUGGAAUUAAAAAACAUUCCUUACAUGGAAAUCCAUUUAAUUUUUUUUAAGCAUCAUCUUGCUCUAUUAUGCUAAAGUCUAGCUGGGUUUCUCUUCUCUGUAAGUAAUCUAAUGAGCUUUCCUGUCAAUCAGAAUCCCUUUUCAAAUUAAUUGCAUCUGCAAUGAUUUUUCUAUUUUAUUGAUGGGAAAAUGCAGCUGUGAUGUGGUGAUUUGCCUCGCAAGAAAUCAUGGGAUAACCUGGGAUUUAAACUCAAGUAUAAGACCUCUUCAUAAGCAAAUCAUACACUCUACCUAACCCAGCGGAAAACCAGAGUCCCCAUCACAUACUCCCAUUCUCUUCCAAAUGAAUACAACCACCCCAUUCAUUUUUUGUUGAGGCAUACUGGGAUAGGAACAAACAGUCUCCAUAUUGUGAGGCAAUCACACAGGCCCAGCUAUGCCUCCACACUUCAACAAGGGCUCCUACUGGGAGGAAGGGUGGGAUAUAAACCUAAUAAAAUUAAUUAAAAAAUAAACAGUCAUGAACCCUGUUGUCCGUGUGUUUGGAGCACACCAGAAGGGGCUCUGUGCUCAUGCAUAGAACGCCUUCAUGUGAAGGAGAACCCUGAUUGGGCCACUUAAAUCCCAGCAAUGGGUAGGGCAGGGCUUGCCCAUGUGGCUUCCCACAGACAUUAUUUUUGAAGUGUGGCUGCUGCCCGUUCAAACAUUAAUGAUCUCUUCUUGUUUGUUUUAGUUACUUAGAAUCCCUGCCCUUAAAGAUAAAACCCACCCAACAUGCUAGAGAGGAACUGUUUUCUGGUCUUCAGAGAGAGUAAAUUUCCUAGUUUCAAGAGUAGGUUUCAUUUGAUAGCAACAUUUUUAAUGCAUGUAUAUAUGGGCUACAUUUUUAUUAAAAUUUUAAAAUGGCAUUUUUUUCCAAACACAGUUGAAGAAAUUCAGCUGCAUCAGGGAACUUUUCAAAGUUAAGAGCCUCAUUAACUGUGAAACUAUCUUAACACUUUCCUUCUUGUUGAUGUUCCCCCCCUCCUCCUUCUUCCAGGUACUGUAAACAUGGGUAUUUUUGAGCAUUUGGCCCUUGCAAAAUGCAGACAGGCGAUUCAUCAUCAUCGGCACCAAUUUGCCCAUUCCAAAACUGGCUUAGGCUUUCCCCAGAUAACAAUGAUCUUCUUAUUUGUAUACACUGUUAAGUAAGCCCUGUGGUUCAAGACACAUUGAUUCUACUAACAUUUACCUUGGAAGAGCCUGUCCCUCUUUUCCCUAAGGCAGAGAUGUGGCCUUCCAGAUGUUGUUCGACUCCAACACCCAUCAGCUCUAGCUAGGAUGGCUAAAAUCCAGGGGUGAUUGGGGUUGUAGUCAGGGCCAGUGCUAUCAUUAGGCCAAUUAGGCAGCCGCCUAGGGCGCAGACCUCAGAGGGGCACAGUACUGACCUUUGAGGGGCACAGUUUUAUAGUUUUUUUAACCCUUGGAAAAAAUGCAACUGAAAUAAAUGUAGCAGUUUCAAGUUUUGUGCUUUUAAUUUUUUCUGCAAGACUUCUGUUUCUGAAAAUUGAAGUUAGCAAUUUUUUUGGGGGGUGCAAGUAGUUAGCCUUGCCUAGGGCACAAAAUAGCCUGGCACCAGCACUGGUUGUAGUCCAACAACAGGUGGAGGGUUGCAGGUUUCCCCAUUCUUCCUCUAAAGAAUCCUGGGACCUGUAGUUUUGUGAUGAGAGAGAGGGACCUCCAGAUUGGAACAUGAUAAAUGCAGAGAAGCUGAAACUGACAUAUUCAGCCAUCUCUAAUGGUGCACCCCAGAUGUUAUUGGACUCCAGUCCUCACCAGCCACAGCCAGCGUGGUCAAUGGCCAGGGAUGAUGGGAACUGUAGUUUAACAUCAUCUGGAGUCCACCACAUUGGCUAUCCUUGAGUUAUUUCAAGGCCCCACUUCACUUGCUCCAAAUUAUACAGCAAACUAUUACCUAUAGCUAUUGAUUGUAUAAAUCAUACAAUCAAGAUAAAGGAUUGUUAGUAUGUUAUAUGUGUUGAGAUUGGCUUUACAAUGCCAAGAUUAUGUAUUAUUAUGUAUUAUUACAAUGCCAAGAUUAUGUAUUGCCACCCUGGGCUCCUGCUGGGAGGAAGGGCAGGAUAUAAAUCAAAUAAAUAAAUAUUUGAUGGGGAGCAGAGAAACAGUCUAUAUUUUUAGUCUCUCAUUUGGAAGCAUUCUGAUAACACACUGUGCAUAGUAGGUUGUUCAUGCAUCCUCAGACUACUGACUCCUGAGCAGCCCCAUAGGCUCCAGCAUUUUUGCACCAGAGUACACUGUAUGUUUCACCAAAUGAUGGAGAUGGAUCUGAGUAACAGUUUCCAGGAUCCCAGAGAUGGGGAUCAGCCACUGUUAUGCUACCCAUUUCCACCAGGCCUUGGUACAACCUGAUACCUGCAUAGCCCCUAAGCAGUCUCAUUUUAAUAUCUGUUACCCAGUGGAGGCUGGUACCCACUGGGACUGGUAGGCAGACACCAGGGAGGCCAACAGUAGGGGGCAUCAGAGCAAAUGGCUGGUAGAGCUGGAGCCAAUAAUAGGUGAAGCCAACUAAUUCUGGUUUUGUCCCCAUCUUCCUCCCUGCUGACUUCUAUAAGGGUGACACUGAGACUAAGAACGAGGACGCUCACAACCAGUUCCACCCUCUGGACUGGUUGUAAGUAAGGAAGUAAGCAGGUGGGGACUGGCUGAGGUCAGACUGAGCUUAGUAGAUCAAAGCUCCACUUGCCCUCUAGGCUUAACUCCUGGUGCUGCUUCCCCAUCCCAUCUUGUGACAAGAUGGCUUCAACAUUAGCCAAUGUUUUCUCUUCACCACCCCUGUUACUCUGUUCACCACGUAGCCUAACCAAGACUUCUGAAAAACUCAAAAGCUUGUACAGUAUUUUGUGAUAUAUUGGUUGACCUAAUAUAGAUAUUGGGUUGUUUUUUUUCUUAUGGACCAACAUGGCUACCUUUACUUUUUGUGUGACCAGAGUGAGUAUACCUUUAUUCACUAACAUGCCAAAUCCAGUCUAUGUGUAUUAGUAUGGUUCUACUAAAGGAAUGUAGUACUUUUAAAAAAAAUAUUCCUACUAAUGAAGAUAUUCACUUGUAAUUAACAUAUUUGCUAUUUAACCAGUGGGAUUAACUGUAAAAUCAUUUAGAGCAAUUGUAAUGCUUUUAUAAACGAUAUCCAGUUUUUUAAAUGCCCUGUGAUCCGUGUAUUUUGUAGUCUGUUUGUGUUAAAUGCUAUUCUAUGAAGUACUGGCUUUAAUUUCUACUGUACAUUAAUGGUUUUUGCACUGGAUCGUUUCAUUGUUUAUUUAAGUUGUGCGGUUGUAUGUAUGUAUGUGGUGUUUUUUUACCUAUA